GCAGGGUCGCGCUCCCGGGUUGAGGGAGAGCUCGACGCUCUGGGGUUGCCAGGGUGACGGGGAUGCAACAUGGCGCCCUGACAGCUCUGCCGUGGGGAGGGGGGUCUGGAGCUGCAGGGAGGGCGGCGUCCUCGACACCCGCCCCCUCCCCACCGGCGGGCACCCAGGGAAAAGCGAGCGGAGGAUGAACAAAUACAAAACAAUUGGUAAAAUUGGUGAGGGAACUUUUUCCGAUGUUCUGAAGAUACAGUGUCUGAGAGACGGCAAAUAUUAUGCGUGUAAGCAAAUGAAACAGCAUUUUGAAAGUAUCGAGCAUGUGAAUAACCUGCGAGAAAUCCAAGCGUUAAGGCGACUGAAUCCACACCAAAACAUCCUGACGCUGCAUGAAGUGAUAUUCGACAAGAAAGUUGGGGCUGUUGCAUUAAUAUGUGAACUUAUGGACAUGAACAUAUAUGAACUGAUAAAAGGGAGAAAAAAACCGCUGCCUGAAAAAAGAAUAACGAGUUACAUGUACCAGUUGUGCAAGUCUCUCGAUCACAUGCAUAGGAAUGGAAUAUUCCACAGAGAUGUGAAACCAGAAAACAUAUUAAUAAAGCAGGAGCUUCUGAAAUUAGGGGAUUUUGGAUCCUGUAGGAGUAUACAUUCCAAACAGCCCUAUACGGAAUACAUCUCCACCCGCUGGUACAGAGCGCCAGAGUGCCUUCUCACCGAUGGCUACUAUGGCUACAAAAUGGACAUGUGGAGCGCUGGCUGUGUGUUCUACGAAAUUGCAAGUUUCAACCCACUUUUUCCUGGAUUAAACGAACUAGACCAGAUCUCAAAAAUCCAUGAAAUUAUAGGUACUCCUCCUAAGAAGAUUCUUAAUAAGUUCAAACAGUCAAGAGUGAUGAGCUUUGACUUUCCCAUCAGAAAAGGGAAAGGAAUCUCUCCGCUUAUGCCCAACUUGUCCAAGAAGAGCCUGGCACUCAUGUAUUCAAUGAUACAGUAUGACCCCGAUGAAAGAAUCGAUGCCCGUGAAGCACUACAGCACCCUUACUUCAGAGAGUUGAGGAUAGCAGAGAAGCAAGCUUUCGCUAUCCGCAGGAAAAUGAGAUUAGCUGAAAACCCCUUGGAGAGGGACUUCAUCGGCUUGCGGCGUAUUUCAAAGGAGGAUCAAAGGCAGAACUUUCUGAGGGAAACCCAGGAGAAUCCACUGGGACAUCACGGACCUCCCUAUGCAGUAGAGUUGCCAAAACUGACUGUUCCUGCAGUAACCAACUUGACUUCUUACCCUAGUGCUCCGUUUCAGUCGGUUUUUACCUUGCCAGCCACCAACAGACCAGUCCAGGUGUUGCAGCCCAUCACAUGUUUUGGGACGCACUGCAAGUCUGAAAAGCAGAAGGAAUUUAAGUCUCCCAUGAAACAGUUCCACUUGCCGGCUCUGGAAAGAAGAGGUGGAGGCUUCUGAUGGUUAGGAUCCCCCGCGCCCUCC